UUACAGACGUAUAAUUUUAACAAAAUUAUUUAAAUUAAAUUUUUAAAAGAAACUCCUGAGAAAUCUCUCGGAACAUUCCUUAUCGAUCGUUUAUCAAAUUACAACUCGCGACGAAGCGGUACCUCGGUGGCAGUGACAACUGUUACCAGGGUAGAGUUGCGGUGAAGGAACGGAGAACAAUACCUUCCUCCUCCACUUAAAAUAUCGUGGGGGGAUUCAACUAUAAAUAUAAGAAGAAUCUUCGGGCCUUCGGAGUUAAAGUCCUAGAGAGAGCUUCAGAGCUUCAGAGCUUCAGAUCCAUUAAUCCAUAAACUCACGACUCACUAACUUGACAAAUAGAGUUAAAAACUAAAGCCGAGAAACGUCUUAACUCGGACUUAAAUCUUAUAUUGUUGAUUCGAAUUUCAAGAAGUUUUGGACAUUUGAGAAUAAAAAGACUGAUUAAAAGUCAUUAGAUUCACACAAUCGAGUCCAAAUCCCCGGUAAAGCACUUAAAUGUGUUGACCGAAAAACGGACGAAACUUUGACUUUGUCAGACCUUGACGGAACGUGACACCUUGUAUUUGUAGUUCUUCUAAAAAUACAUUAUUUAUGUUCUAUACAUGUUCGAGAUUCAUUUGAAUAUCGCCCAUUUCGUCACCGGCGUGAUGGCAGCAUCAGCCGGGUCAGAUCGUGCAGCGCCGCAUGAGCGCUGCUCGCGCAUGCCCGAUCGUGACACGAGGCGACGGCGCGACUUUACGUACGUUACCGGCGCUCUUUUAUCUCAUGGCGACCGUACGUAGUACAUGCGAUUAGUAGUGCAAAAUCGCUUUCGAGUGCUCUUUUGGACCUUCUCACCUGAGAACAGACUCAGUGCAUAGACUAGCGAUCUCUCACCAGUGCGACUCAUCCGAGACAGCUCGAGUACAGUAUCAACGGCGGCUCAGACUCACCAUGCACGGCGCACGCCGGCGCGGCGUGGACACGGCUCACGGGCAUCACCGAUCAUCAGGCCGGCCCUCGAUUAAUACAAUCGACCCGUGCACGUGAAUACUGACUUCUCAUAAGAAUUUACAUUCAUAGACUUCUCAAAUGUAAUUAUACUUCAAUAUUAAGAUUGUGAUACGUUAACUUUAAUCAAAUCGUCCGAGCUCUUGGAUCACGUGAAAUUCCAUCCUAACUAAGCGUGCAUUCUUUCCUUGAGGUUUUGCCACAACGUCCUCUCACCCUGCUUCCAUCCGCAGUAGUCCCAGCGAGCUUUCUCAGCGAAAAUUGCUAACAUUUUUGGUCCUUCGAGCCGGAUUGCAGCGAGGCUCUCGGACGGAUCAACGCAGACACGCAUCGCACACGUGAUUAGCCGGUUCAUAUACACGGUGACACUCAUCGGUCACGUGAUCUCACGUCCUUCUCACGUGGCAGCUCAUCAUGGCGGACGCAUAGAAGACGGGCAAGGCAGACCGCCCGCAGUUGGAAUUGCCGCCAGGAGAACGCUUGUCGUCAAGGACUGCGUCUCCGGCCCGGCUUCCGACAGAGCUCGCGUUGAAGGUGCAGACGCAAAUGGGUCGGAUCGCGUCGCUCAAGGAACUCGCAGAAACGCUCCCGGAGGUUCCUGCACAGACUUCGCUGGAGGAGGUGAGCCAGUUCCAACUCCUGAUGGAGGAGACGCACAAGGCGUUCGUAAAGGAACACGCCUAUUUCGAAGUCGCAUGGCCCGCUGCACUUAUUCAUCACGAGUACUUCUCGGGAAACGCUCACCAAGAAGAGACGCGGUGCUACAUGCAGGCGCGACGGAUCAUCGGCGUGCUCCGCCACGCUCUGGCAGCUCAGCCCGCUCACUCGGAGACCAACUCAUCGGCCAGAGAGGACCGGCGAACGCACUCACGUCUGCCAGGCAUCUCACUCCCCAAGUUCUCUGGGGAGUAUGCCGCAUGGCCCGCCUUUCGGGAUCUCUUCACGAGCCUGAUCCUCUCCAACCAGCAGCUUACGGACGUGGAGAAGUUGCAUUACCUCCGUUCGUCGCUGGAAGGCGCGCCAGCGCAGUUAGUUUCAGGGCUUGCAAUGAGCGGCGACUCACUCACACCGUCAUGGGAGCUGCUCAAAGACAGGUACGAGAACAAACGGUUGCUCAUUCACUCCUGUCUAGAUAAGCUCUUCGCCAGCUCAACACCGGUUCCGAGGAAGGCAGUCGCACUUGACAAGCUCAUCACCGGUAUAAAGGAAGCGCUCAAGGCACUCGAGGCGCUAGGAGUUAAGGAGGAGCUGGGGGAUUGCGCAGUGGUGUACCAUGUCAUGCGACUCCUCGAUCGCGUCACGCGUGAGCAAUGUGAGAACGCGGUAGGCGCCACGCGAGAGUACCCGAGGUUCAAGAAGCUCGAGGAGUUUCUAACCUCUCGCACACGGGCUCUCGAGAGAAUUGAAUCAACGACGUCUCAACCGGGGCCCAGCUCAGCGACCUCACCAUCAAAAAAGACAGCCACUCACCAGAUGGUUCACCAAGGCGACUCCUCAACAGCCAGCUCAUACCCGUACGAUUGCUGCAACGCUCAGCACUUUAUUGUCAUGUGCGCCAAGUUUCGAGACCUCUCACCACAAGACCGGCACAAGGUAGCAGUCAACAAGCGCCUUUGCUUUUGCUAUGUCCUGGGUUGGGGAUUAUGGAUGGAACGUAUCAGCAUUUGA